AUGAUGAUUAUCAUGGGGAAGAUUCAGACAGCUCUCCUGUUGAUGUGGACGACCAACGGCAGCAGCAGGCAGUCGUUUGUCUUGGGCUGCCCGCAGCCUGAUGGGCGGGCGCGCUCCGUCUCAGGCCUUCACGGCUUGUGGGAGCGAUCGACAACCUACGUGGCAGCACCCUUCUGCGGUCGGCGAAGAAGGUGGCAACACCGAGGUGGAGAGGAUGGCGAUGGGUGUUCUCCAGGUGCGGGUGGACAGCAUGAUGGCGUGCUGGAUGUACUUUCAGGGCAGAAAUUCAAGGAGAACGAGCAAAGAAGUGGUGGGGCCGGUGCGGACGCAACUCAGGACGGGGGAUUCGUCAACGCCCGUCAUCCGUUCCAGUUUAUGCGGGGCUCGUUACCGACAAUGCUCUGGGAGGACGGUAUCGAGCUCUCCGGCGGAGGCGACGACGAGUCAUACCGCCCCGGCGAUAUCGUCCUCCCCGAUGGACACCCAGGCUCAGGCAGCAGCGUGCCGGGUGGACCCGGGGUCCGAGGGAGAGGUGAGGCGACACCCGCCCGUUCCUCUGGCAACACCAACUCUCGCAAGCACAAGAAACCCAAGACGGGUUCCGAUGACAGGGCGGAGCUGGUAGCCGACACGAAGGAAGUGGUCGCCUUGUGGCGCAAAGCAGCGGAGCAGGAAGUACGGGGAGACGAACCUGCUUUCGGUGAUACAGAGAAGGACCGAGCGAAGGACCUUGCCAUGGAGGGAUUCAUCGACGAUGUUCAGAGGCUCCAAGCAAAGGUCGAUCCUGGAUCAUCGAACUUUUUGCGGGAGAAAUAUCAGAAGUUGUUGGAUGCCGCUGAAGCGCGAGUGGCACGGGCUGAGCAGAGCAGCGACGAGGCGGCUGUGGCAUCAUCGAGCGCCGCAGCCGCGCCCCCACCGUCAUCGAGUCCUGCUGCGCCAUCUACGCCUGCAGCGGUCGAAGGAGGAACGGUCGCGGGCCAUGUGAUAUAGGAUCUCCAUGGGCUUCUGGGGCGCACGCCCGUGGAUGAUUUGCCGGCGAUGGCACGGGCCGUGGCGCGUACAGGCGACGGGGGUGGGGCUUGAGUACUGGUUGCGCGGGCGAGAGGCGGGGUUGGAUGGUGCGGGGGAUACAGUCUUUGGUGGGAGCACCCUGGCUGGAAACCUGCGGGCGACUGCGCGGGUGUUGCCGUAACAGUCCACACGGGGGCGCAGGGGCAGUGGGGCGUGUGUGUUUCGGAGUGAGCGGCAACAGCAGGACGAGAACAGAAUGUAAGCGCACAUGUUGAAUGCUCCCCGAGCCGUGAGGGAUGCUGUGUUUUUGAAGUUUCAAACGUGGGGGGNACGGGGGUGGGGCUUGAGUACUGGUUGCGCGGGCGAGAGGCGGGGUUGGAUGGUGCGGGGGAUACAGUCUUUGGUGGGAGCACCCUGGCUGGAAACCUGCGGGCGAUUGCGCGGGUGUUGCUGUAACAGCCCACACGGGGGCGCAAGGGCUGUGGGACGUGUGUGUUUCGGAGUGAGCGGCAACAGCAGGACGAGAACAGAACGUAAGCGCACAUGUUGAAUGCUCCCCGAGCCGUGAGGGAUGCUGUGUUUUUGAAGUUUCAAACGUGCGGGGAGUAUUUGAUCUGUGUUCUGCGCGAAGGCGUUGCCCGGCAUGGGGGUUGCGCGGGGGUGAACCGUUCAGUAAACGCAACACCACGCGCCAACCCCACUUGAUUUUCAGUAUCUACUCAUUUUCUAUUUGUGGCGAGGGAUGUACCAGAUCUCAGGGGGGCAAUACCUGCCCGGAUAUGGCGAAGAGUCACUUCGCUUGGAAGUUGCUCCGUAGCUACUAUAAUAGAUACAGUAGGCUGUUCCCACUCAAACAGUUGUUCCCCGGGGGAAUCAAGGACUUGGCUUUCCCGACCAAGUUUUUUUUGUGCUGUGUCUGGGGUGGGUGGAAACUACUGCUGUACGUGGGCACGAAAAAGGAGGCCUUUUUGUGACUGCCGUUGACCUCGCCAAACUUGAACAACCCACAUGGCUCGUCGGACAACCACACAUGAUUUUGUUCAGAUUGAUUUCAUAAGGUCCGCGUACUCCUGUCAACCAUGGCAUUGGGAGGUGAUGCAUGUUUUUUUUAUGAGUUUGAGGUGCAACGAUUCUUGACGCGGCAAGCGACGAGACUCCUUGCCCCUUUUGGCGAGGAUAUCGCACACGUGAUGAAAUAUUCGGAGUGUUUCCGGAAAUAUUGUUACUCCCUCCGACCCCUUCAGAUUUGGCUGAACAGCAGCAGGAAGUGGAGCUACAGCAUUAUGACAGAGCAUUGCGAUGCUUUCACGCACGUCGGGUUU